AUGCCGACCGCAACCGUGCCAUUCUCUUACGCCCAAGCUGCGAAGGGACAAAAGGCGACGUCGACAUCGACGCCGCCCACUCCUCUCACUCCUGCCAUUCCUGGCUCCCCCUCCACGGGGCCCCAAGAUCCCCCCAAGAACGCUUCGGCGAAUGACGCAGCCCUGCCUGCCACUCUGUCGAGCGAACCUCGUUCCGACAGCUUCCAGUCCACGACCCAGGAUACGGAAUUGAACAAUAUCCCUGCCGCGAAGGCUCCGAGCGUUUCCGAUGCUAGCUGCACGACGCAAAACGACUCUACCCCAUCGUUGGGUACUUCGUCCGGCGAAUCCAGACGAGAUGACGAUACAAGCUCAGAGUUCUCUGCUCAGCGAAGUGUAAAGGGAGGCAAGCCUCAAAGUGGCCCUCAUCGCCGAUCCCAUCAGUCGCGCCCGGCCUCCUCCGGCGCCGAGAACAAGAGGAAUAGGAGGGAGAGGAAGCCCAAGGCCUCCACAAAUGGUGCCGACAACACCGACAAAGGUUCAGAUGCUGCUGAAAGUGUCAAAGAGGCUCCUCCUAAGCCUGAGCUUUUUGAAGCUCCUAUCCCCACUGUUAACCCUUGGCACCAGAGACGCGAUGCCCAGCUAGCAAAGGCUCAGCAGAGCAGUGCUGACCAGACGGCGAAGCCAACUGCUGCCACUCCUUCCACCACUGCACCCCAAUCGAAUGUCCGUAAGGGUAAUGGUGCUCAGGUUACCACGAGUAACAGUUCCAAGUUUAGCAAUGAUUCAUCGACUGUCAAUGCCGGCCACCAAAAGAGGUCAGGCGAAAGUGACAGCUCAAGGAAGAACGGCACCCACCACAACAAGACUGAGGCCCGCCGAGCUGAUCCUGCCCCCAGUGACGAUGCUGCAUCCUGGCCCACUCCUGACACAGCAACCAAGGAGGAAAAGCGAAAGUCAACUGAUAAAAUUGUUGUUGAAAAGGUAGAGAAGCCUGUUGUAGAAGAUCAAGGAACCCUCAAAGGAAAGCAGGUGGGCAAGAAAGACUGGGUUAAGAUGGACUUUGUGCCCACUGUGAACUUCCAGACUCCUCUUCCUCAACACAAGUCAACUAGGCCCAGGGGUGGUGCCCGCGGUGGCCGUGAAGGCACGACACGAGGAGGCAGCCAUGCUGCCAACCCCGUCAAGGACAGCAACGAGAAGGGCACAAGCCCUUCUUCGACGAGCUCGACCAAGGCUAACAACGGAGAGAGCCGGGAUGCUGGCCGGGACGGUCCCGCCCUCCCCCGAGGAAGCUCUGUGCCUCCCAUGUCAACCAAGCGUGGAUCGAUUGACACGCCUAAUGCCCGUGAGCAGCGAAAGCAUUCCGUCCCCGGAGCUAACAAAUCCAAGGAUUCGUCGCCGAAUGAACAUGGCCGCGAUAAGCAAGAGACCCGCGGCGAGCGGACUCGAGGAGGCCCUCGAGGCCGGGGUAACUACCACGGCUCGGCUUCUCAAAUCAACUCCCAGCACGGCUCUUUCAAUGCCGGCUACCACGCAUCCAACGGUGCUCCUCGUCAGAACCAUUACAGUCCUCCCAUCCGCCAGAACCAGUUCACGCAGUCGUUUGGACCUGGAUCCUCGCGAGGUGGAGGCCGCGGCGGCCGCGGCGGCUCCGGUUCGUCUCGUGCGACGUCCAAUAACAAUGGACCUAACAGGCACUCUCAGGGAGCCGUAAUGAACUACGGCGAUCACUCGUUCCACGGUGGAUCUGUCAUGGGCUACCCCCAAACGCCCACGCCGGGUUACUUCUUGGACCCAUUCUUGGUCUCUGCCCUGUCGACCCAGCUCAGCUGGUAUUUCUCCAUCCAGAACCUCUGCCGCGAUAUCUACCUGCGAAAGAACAUGGAUUCUCAGGGUUUCGUGCCACUCGCUCUCGUGGCGGGUUUCAACCGUGUUAGCAGUCUCCUCCAAGGCAUUCCGGAGCCUAUGCAAUAUGUUCGCCAGGCCUGUAUCGUCUCGAGGGACGUCGAGCUCGUCGUUAGCGCCGAUGAUGGCACCGAGCGCCUCCGAACGGUGAAUGACCCUGCUCACUGGGUUCUUCCCAUGGCGGAGAGAAAUGAGGCUGCCCAAAAUGAUGGACCCACCAACUGGUUUUACCCUGGUCAGCAGUACCCCGUUCACCCCAACGUGGCUCCCGGAGCAGGUUUCCAUCCCAAUGGGCCCGCCAAUGCCGGCCCCAACCAGUACGGUAGCUACAACGACAGCCAGGCAGAUGGCCGGUUCGCCAACAACGUCAACGGAGGCGAGCGUAGCCACGGAUACGUGAAUGGCUAUGCCCAGGGACAAGGAGUCGGAGCCGUCCGAGAUACCGUUCUGAAGCCUACUGUGCCGGAGUUUUCUCCUCGAACUGCCACCGGAGACAGCACGUUUGCCGACGCCGAGAAGGCAGCCAGCGACAAGUCUGAGGAAGAGGCUGAUGCCACCAAGCCGAAGGACGUUGCCAACGUGGUCAACGGAGAGGUUACCGCCCAAGAAUCGUCCUAG